AUGGCCAAUCCUGUAGGCGAGGAGAGCUGGCUGGCCUAUCUCGACGAAACCACUCGCAACGCCCCCGAUCUCGAGCAGCGCGUAAAUGUCGUCGAACUUUUCAAACGCGCUGUCGGCGCCGAGCCCGGCAGUCUGCAGAUAUGGCUGGCAUACUGCAACUAUUUCUGGUCUCUUUGGGCGGAUAGUCAAUCCAACGCUGCUGGAUGGCCAGAAGAAGAACAAAUGAUGGGCCGUGAGCUUUUCUCGUUCGGAUCUGCCCUUGACCUGUGGCAGCAAGGUUACGAGGCUAUCAAGUAUCGCAUCAACGACAGUCAUAUUCUCUGGAACCGCUGGAUAUCGCUAGAAAUGGAGCUUCUGGAGAAGACGAAAACUCCAGAGGGGGUUAAGCGCAUCACGCACCUGUACCGUGACCGACUUACGACGCCGCACAUCACUUGGGACGAAACGUCACAAAUGUUCUCGAGCUUCUUGUCGGAAUACAAUCGCGCCGCAUGGGAGGACUCCAUGAAAGACGUCACCGCACUAUCCCAGGAUGCAAAGCGCCUGAUGGCGGAGCGGGAUUCCUUUGAGCUUAAGCUCCAACAGGCAUCCAGGGCCGACGAUGCGGAAGCUCAAAAGAAAAUCAUGACCGAAUAUCUUGAAUGGGAAGCGUUACGCGCCCAUGGUGGACAAGGCAUCGCUGACAUCAAUUUCAACCUCUGCUGUGGACUCUAUGCUAGAGCCUUGACCGGGGUAUUCGCAUCCGACGAAUCGGUUUGGCAUCAACAUAUAGUCUUCCUCUCAUCCUCAUACGCUGAUACAAAAGCCCCUGAAUAUCUACUCAAUGCCCUCCGCCGGGCUGUUCAGCAUUGCCCCUGGUCUGGUCGCUUAUGGAAUAGGUUAAUUCUAUGCGCAGAAGAGGCGAGAUUAGAUUUUGCUGAAGUGGAGUCGAUUAAGCAUGCCGCGACGAGCGAAAACCAGCUGUACAAGCACGGCAUGGAGAGUAUGAUCGAGAUGUAUGUGGCUUGGUGCGGUUUUCUAAAACGAACCGCGAUGGAUGCGAGCGCUACAGAUGAGGCUGUAGAUGUGGCUGAUGUAGGGCUGAGUGCCGCUCUCGAGGACGUUGAAGUUGUGGGCAAAAGAUUAUACGGCAAAGACUUUCAGGGCGACCCCAAGUUUCGGCUGGAGCGCAUCUAUAUCCAAUACCUGACUGAGAAGAAGGGAGCGAUAGACGAGGCAAGAAUGCAGUGGAAUAAGCUAGCCAAGGCCCAAAUCCACGCCGACAGUCACGACUUUUGGUUCCGCUAUUAUAUGUGGGAGAUGCUCAUAUUCUCUUCCACCAACACAAGCAACAGCCCUACACCCUCUUCCGGAGGUGGCAAUUUCCGGAUACCCGUGCUUGCCACCGCUGUUCUUCAGCGCGCUGUAAACCGACAGACCAUUGACUGGCCCGAAAAGGUGCUGGAGGUUUACAUGCAGCAUUGCAAUGAUUAUGAACAGUCGCAUUCUGUUCGCAGAGCGGCUGAUGCCGUGCAGAAAGCUGAAAGCAACAUUGCGAAGCGACGUGCUCUUGAAGAACAGGAGAAGGCUGCCGCAUAUGCUGCCUAUUAUAGCGCACAGCCAGCAGGUCAAGAUGAAGUCAUUUCAGGGGAUGUCUCCCCAGGCCAGUCUAAGAGAAAACGGGAAGAUCCAGUGGAUUCACAAGAGCCCAACAACACCAGCAGUAAACGCCAAAAGAACGAGCACGAAUCUCAGUCUGGGUCACGGAGAGAUAGAGAGAACACCUCCGUGCUCGUCUCAAAUCUCCCUGCAGAGGUCACGAUGACAAAGCUUCGCCAAUACUUUAAAGAGUAUGGCCACAUCAAUAAUGUCACAGCGCUGGUACGAGAAAAAGACGGUCUCUCAUCAACGGCAUUGAUCGAGUUCAGUACUCCAGAAGAAGCUCAAUCUGCAUUACUCAGAGACGGCAAGUUCUUCGGGGAGUCUCAGAUUAAUGUGCGAUCAGCUCAUGAUUUAACCAUCUAUGUCACUAACUACCCACCUGCGGCCGAUGAAAAGUACAUCCGACGAUUGUUCAAGGAUUGCGGAGAGAUUUUAAGCAUUCGAUGGCCCAGUCUGAAGGUGAAUACGCAUCGCCGAUUCUGCUACGUCUCUUUCCGUGAGAGUGAAGCAUCCGCUAGAGCAGUGUCAAAAGAAGGCACUAUUCUUGACGAUAAAUAUAAGCUCGUGGCUAAAUAUUCCGAUCCCAAUCGCAAGAAGAGCCGCGAAGGUGCUGUCGCUGAAGGCCGAGAAGUUCAUAUCUCAGGAUUGAGCCCCUCCGCUACAGAAGAGGAAAUCCGCACAAUAUUCUCAAAAUACGGAACCAUUUCGAGGAUAAACGUUCCCCGGAACAUAGGCGGGAAGGGUCGGGGCUUUGCAUUUAUCGACUUUACAACAAAGGAUGAAGCUGAAAAGGCUACCUCAGAACUUGACAAGACCAAGUUUCUCAACCAAAUAAUCCGCGUCGAGAUCUCAAAGACUUCUAAUGUGAAGCCCACGGCUCAUAGUGGAUCACACGACCGUGCAUCUCCCGCACACCAAGCGAGCGAUGAUGCCGAUGUUGACAUGGCCAACCACAGGUCUGCGAGUGACAAGUCGUCAGGCCCUUCAGCUGGCGACAUCGCCGCGCGUACUAUCGCCCUCAUGGGCCUGCCUGACACGGUCAAUGACGCUCGAGUGCGAGCGCUUGUUGAGCCGUUUGGGCCUAUCGUCAAGCUACUUCUACAACCAGGGCAUGGUGGCGCGAAGAUAGAGUUCGCAGACUCUUCCGCUGCGGGCAAGGCAAGCCUGCAGCUUAGCAAUGUCGAGUUUGAAGGCCGCAAACUGCAGGUUGGGUCUCCCGAUGACCUGCGUCACGCCAAGGUUGAGAGAACGGAAGAUCGCAUUGUCCCACGUAGCCAGAGUUCGGCUAAGAAAGACAAGCCAACCGGCACCACGGCGAACAGUUUCUUGCCAUCGUCGGUGAUGAGGCGACCUACCUUGGGGAGACCAGGUCCAAAGCGAGGGCUCGGUUUCUCUGCCCCGAAAGUUAUACCCAAGUCUGAUGACAAAAAGGAUGGAGAGAGUGCAAAACCAGCGCCAAAGAGCAACGCUGACUUCAAAGAGCUCUUUUUGAGAGGCUCAAACCCCAAGAAUAAUACCGACAAGGCCGACUAA